AUAUAUAUAUACACAUACACACACACACACACACACAGACAGACACAUCGAUGACAUUAUUCAAAAUCGUCAAAUCAGACCACAUACUGCUUAUCAAAAUAUGCUAAACUUUUUCACGUACGAUGUAAUUUUAUAUAAAAGAAUAUCCGUGUGCAUGCGUGCAUGCGUGCGUGCGUGUGUGCUUGGUUGCUUGCGUCUGUUUUAAGAAGCGUGAGAUUAAUAAGAUGAAGAUAAUGAGAAUGAAAGAAGAUAGAACGAGAGUGAGAGGGUGAGUGAGAGAAAGAGAGAGAGAGAGAGAGAGAGAGAGAAAGUGAAAGUGAAAGAAAGGUAAAUAAAUAUAGACGUCUUGUAUGACGCAUAUAAAGGGUAUUUCUUAGCAAAUAAUUAAUUACAUGCGUGAGUAUAUUUCAAAUAAAAUGUGGAUAUAGUAAAGACAAACGAGAGACAUAUUGUUUCUUGUUAUAGACAAGAAAAUAAUGUCACAUUUGUACUAAAGCACAAGCGAAUAAAAUCAAUUGUAACAAUGGACGAGGAGCGUCCAUCUUUCUUCUAUAACAUAUAAAUUAUAAAACUACAUUGAUUUAUUAAUUAAUCAAUCUAUCGUUUUUCGCACUUAACAAUCGAUGAAUGGACCCGCGUAAAUGGAAUUUAAAUUUGAAUUGUUUUUUUACAAAUUUCCGACAGAUGGCACAUCGAGCUUGCAAUAGCGCGAACAUUUGAAAUUCUAGAGUUCGAAUCGUAUCUCAUAUGACUUUGCGCGACGAUACUACUUCGUGCGAGUUGCUAUUUUUAUUCGUACUAGUCGCUCGUCAAUGCUGCCAAAUUAAUGAUUAUAUAUUAUCAUAUCAACUAUCAAUUUGUAUGAUAGUUUUUAUCUCGGUUCGUAAAUUUAACGCAAUCGAUGUUUAAAAAAAGUCCGAUCGAAUCGAUCGAAAACAAUUCGUUUUGGGUAAACUUUUUAAGUUCUUCGAUAUAACUUUCUUUUAGUUUCUUAUUCGACUUGAUUUCGUUAUUUAGUACGGUUGGUAGAAGUUGAAAGACUUUGGAAUAACUUGCAAGACCAUUAUACUUACGUAACAUCAUCGUUAAAGAUCGAGAACGAUUUCGUUCUAUCGAAAAUAUUUUUGACGAAAGUGAUCAAGUUUUUUUAAAGGAUCAUGGAAACACCUAUAGUGCGUGCACGCGUUGUAAAAGUGCUUGGCAGAACGGGCUCCCAAGGUCAAUGUACCCAAGUCAAAGUGGAAUUCUUGAAUGAACAGAACAGACAAAUAAUCAGAAAUGUCAAAGGACCCGUUCGCGAAGGAGAUAUUUUAACUCUUUUGGAAUCUGAACGAGAAGCCAGAAGAUUACGUUAAUCUUUCUUUCGAUUUUUGCCAUUGUGAUCACUAUACAAUUUUACGUAUAUCCAUAUAUACAUAUACAUACAUACAUAUAUAUAUAUAUAUAAACGAGAACACGAAACUACCAAUUUCGUCGAAAUCUUUUCUAUAAGAUUUGUUUUAUAUA